AUGCAGAGGUUUAACGUAUCGUAUGUCGAAGUUAUCAAGAAUGGUAGCACAGUGGCGAGUUGUUUCCAAGCGGUAGAACCUGCUCAAGGUUCGUCGAAGUAUGGGUCGCUUGGAGACUCAGUAGCGACACCUCAGUUGUUCCAUAAGCUCACGGAUGACAUGGUUCUGCCUAAAGUGGUCCCUAUUGAGGGAAAUAAGGUGACCAAAGUUUCUCUGCACCUAAUAGAUGGGUAUGAUUGUUAUUACACUACAACGAUGGCGAAUGAACAAUUGAAGGUGUUCGUGUGCUUCACGAGGACUGUAAUACCCAAGAUCCUGCCCAUUAGACUGUUGAGUGAGUUAAAGGGGCAAGAAGAAGCUCUGAACUCCGAUGAUGAGCUGAGCAUGAAAGUUGGAGAGAUUUUAGAUGCGUUCCACGAGGAACUGAGAUCCUACAGCAAUGAAAAUGGAACUGAGAGUGGAGAAGCGGCAGAGAAUGAUUUACAAGAUAUUGUCCAGGUGAUGAACGACAAUAUCGACAAGUUUUUGCAGAGACAGGAGCGAAUCUCGCUGCUUGUGGAUAAGACUUCGCAAUUAAACAGCAAUAGUAACACGUUUAAGAGGAAAGCUACUCGAAUAAAGCAGCGGAUGUGGUGGCAUAGGGUGAAGAACAUCACCCUGUUGGUGUUUGCCGUUAUACUUUUCGUGAGUGCAAUAGUACUAUUGUUUCUGCUGGAGCAUAAUUAG